UUCUAUGGAUCUAAUGGUCCAACCUUUAUAUUUCUGUAUUAUGAUAAUAUGAUUAUCUGUCGUCGAUGUAUCGAUGAAUCAUUGUUUGUUUCACAAUUCGGUACGUACCAAGUUAAUAAUUACUAGUCAGUUCAAACUUUUGAAGUAACCGGGAAGUAAGACCGUUCGAUUCCGGUUGAACCGAAAUUCUAAGGUAUGGUAAUUUUAGAUCAUAGUAAUAAUAUUACUUAUAGUAUAGUGUAUAGUAUUUAUCUAUUGUUAAGAAAUAUUUUUUGUAUCUAGCUUCUACCAGCAUCUGUCUACUACCUACUUGGUACAAAAUAGGUACCUUCCUAAUGGAUUCCAUGAUAAUUAUUUACCUACCUAUCUAGUCAAUUUGUAAAAUAUUGUAGUGCCACGAAGACAAGAAUAUAUCUAGAGUUAUUUUUUAAUCUUCAUGGAUGUCAAGUGGUACUUGAAUAUUUAUCAAUAAUUAUUAUCAUUUACACAAAGAAUAUUAGUAAAACGCAUACUUAAAUGUUUAAUUUUCUUAAUUGAGAAUAGUUACUAUAUUUAUCUAAGUAAGUAUGUAAGUAGGUAUUAUAGAAUUUGAGAAGUCAAUAAUUAUUGAAUAUAAUAUUCACGAUUAUUAAACCUGAUUUUAAUACCAAUUUUCUGCCAUAUUAAAAUUAUUACCAAAAUAAUGUAAAACUACACAAUUUUGAUGUUUUAAACAAUUUUUCAUGAGUGCAGUUGUGAGUUCAUAUAUUUUCAUAAUAACAUUAUACAUAUAGUUACUUACUCAACUAUUUAAAAUAAAUUUAAAAACUCCUAUAAUAGACAAUAUGUAGUGUUUUAGCCUAAUUAUUUUUACUUAGUAUUUUUACUGUUUUGCCUUUUUUUUUUGGUAUCUUCCUAUAUAAUUAUUUUAACAAAAGAAUUGUCUUCAAUUUACAUUUUAUAGGUAGACGGUUUUAAUAAUAUAAAAAAAAAAAAAAAAAAAAAAAAACAAUACUUCAUAGUUCAUAGUUUUAGUAAACCAGAGUUAUAAAAAAAAUAUUCAGAUCUUUGAAUAAUUUUGAUUUUUAUACUUUAGCGUAAAUGUUAUUAUAUUUAUACUUUUUUGUAUGUGAAAACCAAUUGUGUGCUGUUAGUUCUAACAUUAGGGUGUAUUUGUCUAUUAUUAAACCUAAAGAUAAUAGUACUGUCUAUAUUUGUAUGUUAUUUUUUUGAUAUUUUAAUUUCUAAGCUAGUUUUGAAUAUGUAAAGUAUUAUAAUUUUAAAAUCGUCCCAAAUCCCUUAAAAAUUAAAAUAUUGAAAAAAUACCAAUGUAUAAUCAUAAACAAUAUUUUCACUGUUAAGUUUAAUAAUAGAUCAAUGUAUUCUAAUAUUGAAAUGAAUGGCACAAAAUAGCUUAAUAUAAUUUAAAUAUAACAACAUUUACUGUAACAUAUAUACUUAUUACUCAUUUUGUUUUAUAUAUAUAUAUAUUUUUAUAAAUAAAUUAGGUUAUUAUUAAUUUAUACUUAUUGAUUUUAAUUAUAUGUUUCAAGUUUACAUAUUUUAUUUAAAUAUAAUACACUAAUAUUUUGCCUAUAUUAAUUUAUUUAAAUCAAAAAAUAAUAUGUGUAUUGUUGGUUUUAUUUUUUUGUUUAAAUUAAGUAUAUUAAAUAAAUAUGCAGCAACGGUUUAACUAGGAACAAUGUUAUUUUGACAGUUCUCUAAUACUCUAAUAUCCAACAGUUGAAAGAAUACCUAAUUUGAAAAAAGAAACUGAGAUGAGUUUGCUAAAAACAUUCACUGUUGAAGCAGAGACGAGACCUGGGCAACAAGUUUGUGUUUCUGGCAACUGUCCGAUUUUGGGAAAUUGGGAAAUAAAUGAUUCGUUUGUGCUUACAAACACGAAUUUGACGCUUACUAAAAAUAAGUAAGUUAAUAGAAACCUAAUGUUUUUAUUUAUAUAUUAAAUUACAGAUUAAUUAAAUUAGUUAAGUUUCAAAAUAUUAUGUACAGAAUAGCAAUGUUUUUAUAAUAGAUAGUUUGAAGAACAUAAAAUUGGUGAUUUAGGUGAAAGAUUUAUCAAAAUACAAACAUACCUACAUAUAGUUAUUUAUAUAUUCAUUUUUAAAUUUUAUUUUAGUCGAACAUUUUACAUAUGGAGUGGUCAAGUACAUUUGCCUGCAGAUAAAGAAAUAUUCUUUCGUUAUUUUAUUGCAUAUAUUUUAGAGCCUGAUGGUGAUUAUGUAAAACAAAAACAUACUUUAGUUCAUUCGUGGGAAUCGCACCAGGUUCCUAGAUCUAUAAAAUUUAUUGAUGGUAUGUUAAGUAUUUUAACCAUUGUUAAUCUGAGGUAAAUAUUAUAAAAAUAGACAUUAUAACCAUUUUAGAGAAUUCAAAAUCAAGUAAUGAUAGUGUAUCACAUUGUGAUAUUUAUGGUUUACGAGAAAAACAACAAAUCAGCAAGGGGUUUUUGACUUCAGAGUGUGCUGUACAGUUUAAAUUAUACAAUACACCUAUUAAAUUCUGGACUCCUAAAUUGCUCAAACAAAUUGUAUGGAAAACUAAAUUAAAUUUAUAUUAUAGCAAAAGUAAAAAUACCCUAAUUAUUCAUAUUUUUUUUUCAGAAUUCGAUCAGUAUAAAAAUGACACCUGUACCUUUGUCUAAAGUAUCAGAUGAUUAUGGGGAUAAAUCUAGUGUCACUAAUUUAUUAAUUGAUAACUCAAAGUCAUUAGCGGCUGAGGAUAUUCAACAAAACCUUGAGUGGCCGUUUGUGGAAUGCAUGGUUAGUAAAAUCAAUAUAACGAUUUUAAAUUUGCAUAAUUAUAGUGUUAAAUAUUUAGAAUACAUUAUAUUAAUUAUUUUAGACAAUUUUAAUAUUAAAUUGAUUGAUUUUUAUUUUUAGGAUAUCCCUGGUGAUUAUAAAUUGCAGUUACAAAAACAGUUUGGAUCCAUGAUAACAGAAACUGGAUUUCAUUUAUUUCAAACAAAAAUUCACAAUUUUGGUUAUAUUGUAAGUUAAAUUUGUUAAAAACUAAUUUUAUUGAGUUAAUAAUUAAUUGUAAUUUACUAAUACAUUUUCAGGGAUAUCUUUUUGAUAUUUAUAUUCACAAAGAAUCUUCUCAAGAUUCCCCUCAUCAUAUUGGAUUCACUUACAUUUUACCAAGUAAUAUGAAAUACAGUAAUGGAGUAAUUGUGUGUCCUAUUACGAGUGUUCAUCAUCAGCCAUUAGGAGAACUUGAACGUAAGAAAUUUUAAAGUUUUAAUUUUUGUUGUAACUAACAACAUGACUUUUUUUUACAAUUCAGUUCAUUAUUUAAUUAUAAAACCAACCAAGGAUAUUCACUGUAAUUUUGAAAAGAUCAAAAUAACAGAUUGGAAAAAUUCCCAAGUACCAUUGGAUAUUGGUCAUAGAGGCUCAGGCUCAUCCUUUAAACAAUUAUUGCCAGAGUAAGUUUAAACUUAAUGGUUUUAUUAAUGUAAAUUUUGAAUUCAAAUUAAAAAUAAUAUGUUAACUACUAAUUACUUAAUCGUGCAGUGGUAAAUUUACUCUAGUAUAUUUAACGUUUCCAUGCUAAAAAUUCUAAAAUUUUAAGUUUUAAACAAUUAUGGCAUCGAUGACAUUUUUUUUUAAACAGUAGAUAAACAUUAAUAAUUUAAAUUUAAAAAUUGUUACUUUCCUUGAAAUAUGGAAACUAGCAGUUAUUAAACCACUUUUUAAAACAGGAAAUAAAUAUUUAUUUAUUUAUUUUUAUAUGUAAAUAAUUAUAGACUUAAAUUUAUGCCGAGUAACUUUUCAAAAGUAAUAGACAAAAUUGUUUAAAUCAGGUUAAUUACUUACUUUGAAAAAUAAAUUUCUAUUAUAAUCAUUUUGGUUUUAGGUAAAGUUUGAGAACUGAAUUUAGUAGUAGAAUAUAAUGUGUAAUACACAUUCUAUUCUAAUACUAAAUGUACAUGGUGAUUCACAGUCACUUCUUUAAUUUAAAAAAUAAUAACACAAAGUGUAUUGACAAUAAAAAUUUAAUUUAUUUUUCUAUCAACAGGUAUACAUUUAAACAUUUAUUUUAUUAGGUUUUAAAAACAUCUCGAAGGUGUUUAAUGCACUGAAAUAACCAAAAUCUGAAAUUAUUCUCCACGUUUUUCAGCAUACCAUAGUAGUAUGAAUAUUGUUUUUCAAGUGAAAGUCUUUAGACAAUACUGGUAAAUUGAAGAUUUAAGAUAACCCCACAGAAAAAAGUCACAUGGGGCUAAAUCAGGCGAAACCGCUGGCCACUGAAGAUCGCCUCUAAGAGAAAUGAGUCUUUUAGGGAAGUGUUCUCAUAAGAGAUUCAUUGAUGUUCUUGCCAUGUGAGCAGUGGUGCCAUCUUGUUGAAACCUCACUUCCCCUACAUCCAUUUCUUCUACACUUGGUGUCACAAAAAUCGUACAUCUUUAAAAUUAAGUUUCAAACGGGCAUUUCCUCGAACCAAAACAUUUAAUCCAAACAAUAAAGAUAUAAAUUGAAAGUACAGUUAAUGACCUCUUAUCCGAUAGUAGUUUCAUUUCAUAAACAAUAAUCAUAUUCCGAGUAUACGGUGCAUUAGGAAAAUGUAUAAAUAUACUCCUAUCUUAUCUUAUAUUCUUUGGCUAUAGAAAAAUCAGUUUAAAGUGUCAAAUGCAGGUCAUUCACUUCCUAAACAUUGAAAAGGACGUACGUGAAUACUCUUUAAACAAUAUUAUUUCAAAAAAUAACGUAUUAAAUGGAUAUAACUGCUAACGAAGCCGCUCAAGUGGUAGCAUUAAUGGAAUCAGGGAUGCGUUAAUGUGAUGUUGCACGGCAACUAAACUUGAGCCGUUUUGCCGUUCGACGAGUUUUCCAACGUUAUCAAGAGACUGGUGGCUUUAUCCGGAGGCAUGGAUCAGGCCGACAACGCUGCACAACGGACAGAGAUGAUCAUUUUAUUGUCUCGACGUCUUUGCGCAAUCGAUUUUCCAAUGCUGUAGAGCUUCAACAGCAACUCCGCGCAGCUCGCAGUACAACAGUAAGCACCUCUACGGUUAGGAGAAGGUUAGGAGAACAAAAAAUUGUGGCCCGCAGACCUGCUACCGGUCCGAAACUGACUNCGACUCAUAACUUCUAUGAAAGAUCGUAUGGAAGCAGUAAUUAAGGCAAGAGGAAGUAGCACUAGAUUUUAAAUAACAUUUAGUAACAGUUUUUUAUUUUUAUAUGAAGUCUAUUGUCUGUUUCUGUUUGUAAAACUGUAUAUCCUCAAUACAAUUUGUUUUCCUCUUCCACGAUUAACUUAUUUUUUAAAACACUGAUAAACAAAAACACAUACCAUUUAUUUAUUUUUCAAGUUUAUUUCAUCACCUUUCAAAUGAUAUAUCAUAACAGUACCCUUAUAUAUGAUUAAGUGUAGUUAAAAUUACUUUGAAAAAUAAUUUGCAAUAGGUGCGAUUUUUGUGACGCCAAGUGUAGUUUGGGUAGAAAAAACUCCUGAAUCAUCCUGACAUAACAUUCAGAAUUGACAGUAACUGCACUUUGAUUCUCUUCAAAAAAUCAUGGCCAAUGAUGCCGAUUCUGGAUAUUGCACACCAAACAGUCACACGUUCUGUAUGCAAGGGUUGCUCAUGAAGGUCUCUCAGAUUUGUGGGACUCCAAUAUCGCAUGUUUUGUUUAUUCAUCCUGACAAAUGGAAAUAUGCCUCGUCACGAAAGAAAAUAAUGGCGUCCUCAGGGAGGUUUUCGAGGAAGGCUUCACAUGAAUUUUUUCGUGUAACAUAAUUGUGUGGAUUAAGUUGUUGCACCAUUGCCAAUUUGUAUGGAAGAAAAUUAAGUUCUUCAUAAAGAAUUCAUCCCACUGUGGAUUUAGAAAUUCCUAGAGUAACCGAAUGUUUGCUUACAGAUCGCCUAGGAGAUUUCAAAAGAGCAGCCCUUAUCUGUCGAUGUUUUUAGGUGUCCUGAUGGUUUUGGAAGGUCCAUUAUAUUUUUUUGUCACAUUAAUAGUACUCUUGAUGUGUCCACCCACAAACAAAUUGAUUUCCGAUCAGGUACAUGACCUGCAGAUGCGAUAUUAAAUCAUUUCUGGAUGUAUGUUGAGUUGCAAUGAUCAAAGAACUGAGGGAAAAGUAGGCCUUGACAGCAAACGCGCACUCCUCAUUCGUCUAACCUUUAGAAAAAAUUUAAAUUACGUACUUUCGAAUGCACUAUAGGACUGCGCUCUAGGUGUAGCAGUCGCUUUGCGGCGCGAGUAUCACAAAAGGAAGUAGCCAUGAAUCACCCUGUAUUAAUAAAGCCUUUAAUAAGGAAUAAAGCUUUUAACAAUUUUUGGGAUCUAGCAAAUAAUAGGCUUUUAAUAUUGUGAAUCAUGUAGUUAUCAUAGUAUUUUAUCAGAGUUUGGCAUUAAAUUGUCGUUUAAAGUGGUUUAAUAGUUAUUAGUACGACAAGGUAGUGUUCUAGGUCCACUUUUAUUCAUUCUGUACAUUAAUAGUUUAUGCUACUUUGACAUUGAUGGGACAAUAUUUUAACUUAUAUUGACGACACUUAUUUAAUUUUAUCAGACGAUUCUUGGGCAAAUGUUUGAAAAAAAGUUAUUAUUGAAACAAAAAAGUUUAUAAAUAUCUAAAAUAUAAAAAACAAGUAACUUUUAAAAAAAACCAUGUCCAUGUGUUUCAUGAUUUAUAAUUUAAAUGAGACUUUAGAUGAAUUUAUAUCUUUAUUUUUGUGAAAAUAAUAUCUUUUGUAAUAAAACAUUGUGUCAAAAUAUAUUAAGAGUUUCUAAUGUCAGGUAUCUAGGUUUAAUUUUCAAUAAAAAUUUGUGUUGGAAUUUACAUGUUAAUACUUAAGUUAUGAGACUAUAGUUUAAUUUCCAGUUUUUAAAAAUUACUGUUAUUUCUAUUCAUACUUUGCAUAUAGUGGAUUUAGCUUUAACUAUUUAUUAAGCUAAAUUUUAAUAUGAUUUAUUAGUUUGAGUAGGCCUAAAUGAGAAUGCUUUAUAUCCCUUCAUUAUUCAACAAAAUCAAAUUGUAUGUUUGACAUUUAUUGAUUGUUUUUCAAAUCAUAAUUUAAGACAUUUUUAAUGUUCUACCAGUUAAAUUACUAUUUAAGAAAUUAGCUAUACAACAUUUAAUAUAUAUAGAUUACAUAUCUAAAUAUAGAUAUGUAAUAAUAUAAAUCUAUUUUUUCUCUCUAUUGUAUAAAAAUUCUUUUUGUUUUAAAGUUCAGAGUGUUUUUACAAUAAUGUUUAUUUUUUUAUCUUUGCACAACUUUUUUACCAGCAAUCUUGCUCAUAUUUUCAAGUGUAAUACUUUUUCUGAAAGAAAAUUUUAUCUGGGUGGUAUUUUAGGCAGAUCAUUUUUCGAUUUUUCAAGUGGAUUUCAUAAUUGGGGAAAUAAAAGAAAUUUUGCUUUGAAUUGUUAUUUAUUAACAAUGAUUUAUUGUUGCAUAUAGAUAUAAAUUAAAUUUCUCUCUAUUUCCAUCUUUUUUAUUGAACAAUAAACCAUUGCUAAUGGAAAAGAGUUUAGUUAUAUUUGUUUUGGAAGGUUGUUAUUAGUGAACAGACUUUAAUGCCAUAAAAAAUAAGAAAAAUUCCAAAAAAAUACGACUUAGUGCCUUAAAAAACUUAAAAUAUUACUUAAUAUUUCACAUUAUUAUGAAAAAAUUAUCUUAUAAAAAAUUUAAAUACAAUAAAAAAGAACUUUUCUUGUCUUCUUAUUUAUCUCUGUUAUAGCAUGAAAAGUAUUUUGAAUUAAUAAUUAAUUUAUUAAUUAUAUAGUUUUAUAGUUAUAUUUUUGUUAUCUAAUUUAUUAUCUGUGUUACACUGAACAAAUAAUAUAAUGCUUAAUAUUUUCAAACAAAAAUCUUCUUUGGUUAUCUGAAAGUGUCAUUUUGUACACUGAGAAACUUUCUUGAUGUCAUAAAAAGUUAUUAGGGCAAACUUCAUAUAUGUUAUAUCAGCAGCAGUUAGUUCUUCUUAUAUGUAUCGUUUUGAGUUGUUAUAUUUUCCUCUAAAAUAUUUGAAAUAUUUUUCAUUACUUUAUGUCCUUUAUUUUUUUCAAUUACAUUUUCAAAUUUUUGAUUUAUAGUUUUCUCUAUUAUUUGCUGUUAUCGCGUAUUGAAUAUCAUAAUUUUAUCAAGGUUAUUUAUGAUUUAGGUUGUUUCACUUUAACAAUAUGGUCACAGUCCUUCGAUGGGAGCUACCUAUAGGUCUUCAUAAAAAUAAAAGACAAAAUAAAAAAAAAAAAGAUAAAACAAAAAAUUUAAAACAAUUUACAUUUAAUGUAUAUUUUUAAAACUUAUAAUUUGAAGCAACAAAUAUUUAUAGAAAAUUACCUAAAAUUGAAAAAAAAUCCUCUAAAAAUGUAGAAUAAUGCUUUAAAACCCAAAAAAGUUAAAAAAAUGCAAAAUAAAAGUUUCAUUUUUAAAUUCUUUGAUGUUUGAAUCAAAUUAUGUAUUUGGAAAGCAUUGUUCUAUGCCACCCUCUAAAAAAUGUAUUUAGCAUCAAAAUCCGUUUCCUAGUUAUUAUAUUUACUAUUUUCAUUAAAAUGUUAUGUUAAAAUUCUUAUAAAAAUAAUUCUGUAUUGCACUCAACUUUUUUAGUUAACUACAAAGUUUGACUUUUGAUGAAUCUCCCUUAAAUUUUCAAGCAUUUUUGUAUUGUCUAACAGUUUUAUCCGCAGAGUACCUACUGAAUAAAAAUUAUGUAAAUAACUCUCAAAAUUAAAUUGUCUAUAAAUAACUCAAUUUAAGCAUUUAAGCUAAAAUAUUUCAAAAAAUUUCACUACAAAAAUAUAAGUUUUCUUUAAAAAUUGCAAGUCUUUAUAAAUAUUUUUUACUGAAUUGCAAUACAACAGAAUUGAAAACUAUAAAUUUUGUACAUUUUCCUGUUGUUCACAAUUAUGAUGUACCAUCCAGAUAAAAUUUUCUUUUAGAAAAAGUGCUACACUUGAAAAUUGCAGCAAGAUUUUAGUUAGGAAAGUUGUUCACAGAUAAAAAAUGUAAAAAAUAAACAUUGUAAAACUAAUAAAUUUUUGGUUUAGCUCAGAAUCUAUUGUGCUUUGUUAAAUAUAUUAAUCCGAUUAAAUUAAUUAUUACACUAUUUUAAAGAUGAUCAAACCUUUGAAUAACAAUAAUAACAAAAAAUAAAAAAAAUAAUUAUAAUUUAUUUAAAUGUUAAAAUGGACAUUACCAAUGUUGUUAUUAUUAUUAUUCAUUUACAAAUCUAAAUAGAAACCAUUAAAUCUUAUAAUACUGUGUUAAUAACUGAUUAUAAUAUAAUUGAGAUUAAAAUGCAGCAGCAUAAUAUAUUUAGUUAUUUGUAAAUUGAAUUAUGAAAUAAUAUUUUUUAAAAAUAUAAUUUGAAAAUAUAUUUUAUAUUGUUGAUUGAAUAUACUUAUUUAUAUUAUGAUCAUUGUAGUUGCUCUCAUAUUCGUGAAAAUACUAUAGCCUCAUUAAAAGAAGCAGCAAAUAAAGGAGCUGAUUUUGUUGAGUUUGAUGUACAACUUACAAAAGAUUUGGUGCCCAUUAUUUACCAUGACUUUGUAGUUUCAAUAGCUACAAAAUCAAAAUCUGAUGUUUUGAUUGAAGAUGUUGGAAUGAUAAAAGUUCCUUUGAAGGAUUUUUCUUUUGAACAAUUACACAAAUUAAAGGUAAAUUAUAAAAAAGAUAACUUAAAUUAAUUUGUUCAUGAAUAAUAGUUAUUUUACAGAUUUACCAUGUUAAAGAGCCCUUAUUUUUGUCCAAAAAUCAUUUUUUAAAUGAUGUUAGAAAUGAUUAUCAACCUUUUCCAAAACUUGAAAAAGCAUUUAGGGAUGUUGAUAUUAAUGUUGGAUUUAAUGUUGAAUUGAAAUGGUCCAUGGAACUACAGGUAAAUUAUUUAUAAAUUCUGCAACUCAAUAAAAUGUUACAAUAUUAAUAUCAGUGAAUCAGGUAGAAAUUUCAUGACAGAGACAAGAUAUGUUAAGUGGUUUUAUUUUUUAAAGAUUACUUUUAAAUUUUACACAUUAUUGUACACAGUACAAGUUUUUGUGGAUCUUCAGCAAAUAUAUUUAAUAUUGCCUCUUAAAAUUCUUCUUAUUUUUUUAAGGACCAAUUUUCUGUACAUAUUCAACAUACAAACACCUAAAACAUGUAUGUAAAAUCAAAAUUUUAUUAAGUUAUUAGGUCUUAGGCCCAUGGUCUCAUCUAGAUUCGCUCUGAAUAGAUUUCAAUCUGUUUUCUUGUUUAUUAGCUAUUAUAUCUUUCGUUUUUUAUGUAUAACAUUAGAACUUAAGAACUGGUAUUUGAUCUAACCUUAAUUCUGUAAGUUCUAUUACUUCAAUAUAAUUAGAAGAUAUACCUUUAAUAAGAAAGAAGUCAAGCAGAUCGGGAAUCCUGUUUGGAUCAGUGGGCCAAUACGUGGGCUUAUUUGUAGUGAUAAUUUCAGCAUUGAUGUUUGCAACGUUUAACAAAGCAUGUUCCUUUGAGGUGAUUAGUCUCGAUCUCCAAUGAGUAUGCUUUAAUGUGAGCAUUAUAAUUACCUCGGACAAUAAAUCUCGAAUCUAACACAUGGAGAAAUUCAGCGAACCUAAUUUCAUCUGCACCUCCUUGGGGUGGGCAAUCAAUUACAGCAAUGGUGAGAUCGUUAUUCCCGUCAUUAACUCUGACGCUUGUAUAUGAUUUGUAGAGUAUUUUUCAAGUUUAUAAUGCUUUAUGGACUUUUUUAUUAUCACAGCAGAACCACCCCGAGAUCUACCGCUGGGAUGAUUUGUCUUAUAUAAUCUUUAAUUUAUAAUCUAUAGACCACAUUGCUAAGUGAAUUUCCAUAAUAAGAGCUAUGUUAAUGUUAUCACUGUGUAAAAGGUCUUCAAGUUCUUGUUUGUGCUGUACUAAUCCAUUGGCGUUCCAUGCGAUGAUCCGCAGUGUAGGGUUCAUUUCUUCAUUUUUUGUGAGGUAUUUUUGAACUUUGUCUGGUUUGUUUCCAGUUAUAAAAUAUUUUGAAUUUUUGCCAUGGUCAGCAGAUCUAACUGCAUUGGUCCAUUUAUGGCUAUGUGCGUCACGCAAUGGUAGAAACCACCGGUACGCCGCUGCACAAGCAUGUGGCUUACUUAGUAUUUUUAUUAUGUAGACACUUACCGAUUUCCAAUGAGUGUGGUAAGCAUUUUGAUGCUAUUAAAUUACUGAAAAAAAAAUACAAAGCGAAUGUACGGCACUCGAAAGUGAGAACAUACGUGUUGCUCUUUAAAGUACCUCCCUAGUAAAAUUUCGUUAUACUCUGAUACGUAUUUUAACUGAAAAUAAAUUAUUCAAACCAAACCAUGUUUCAACCGAGAUGUAUUUUAUCAGAAACCAAACUGUAUUGCAGCCUAACUGUAUUUGAGCAAAAAUAACUAUAAGUACUAUGUAUGCCUACUCAAAUGCUGUUUGACUUCAAUACAUAUGUUUUGGUUUAAUUACAAUUUGGUUAAAAUACAGAUGGCCUACAAUACUUGGGUCGGCUAACCUCUUUUCAACUUAAAUAUGGUUGGUGAUUUUAUUUUCUAUUGUUUUAUGGAUCUCCAGUUUUACUGAAUAAUUAGAUAUAAAAAAUGAAAGCAUUGUAUUGAUGUCCUAGUGAAUAAUAAAGCCAAUUUGUGGAUUAUGGGUAAUACCGGCAUACCCAAUGUGGCACUCAAUGUGUUAAUAUAACUUAUAUUCUUAACUUAAAUAUUAUUGGAUUACAAAUGUUUAUAUUUGAAUUCAAUUUUUAUGUUUUGGUAAAAAAACUAAAAAAAUAACUUUUUAUUAUAUUCGAAAAGUUUCAAUUUUAAUUUUCAUUAAAUUUCUGGUUUUUAAUAAUUUUUUAAAGUUUAGAGAAAAUUAUCUAUAAUUAUGCAGUAGUCUGUAAUUAUAAUUUUGGUUAACUGAUUGUGUUUUUUUUUCAAAAUAAAGUUUUUUUAAAUUAAUUUACUAUAACAAAAAACAUAUUGUAUUGAAUAUAAAUAUUUGUAUAUCUUAUCCCUGUGGGUAAUAUAUAUAUAUAUAUAUAUAUAUAUAUAUAUAUAUGUAUAAAUAAAAGAGAAUUUGACUUUCUUUGUAAUAUCCAUUAUAUUUGCAGAGAUAUCUAGAGAUAUUAUAAUGGAUAUAUCUUCACCUGGAUAUUCUGCAUAUAAUUAAUUUUUACUAUAUUUUUAUAUACUGUUAAAAUAUUUUAAUCUAACUUGUUUUUAUAGGAUGGAACAUUUGAACUUGAUAAUCCAUUUGACAUGAAUUUAUUUGUUGACAUUAUACUUAAAACCACAUUUGAAAAUGCAGGAUCACGAAGUAUAGUAUUUUCUUGUUUUCAUCCUGAUGUUUGUAUUAUGUAAGUUUUUUAUAGUAUUUUUUUAAAAGUGUGAUUUUUAUUGUCAAACGUAGUUUUUUAUAAACACAAUAUAUUUCUAUAUAAUUUAACAGAUAUUUAUAGAAAUAAGUACUAUUUUUAUAUUCAGAUUAUCAUUUAUAAACAAAAUAUUUCAGAAGAAAUUAUAAGAAAUAAGUAUCUAUUUUUAAAAAGAAAUUAUAAAAUAGUUUUUCAAAGACAAAUUCAUAUUCAUAUCAAUAGUAAUAAUAACUAAAAAUUAAUAGCUAAUGCAUAAUUAUUUAUGUAUUAUGUAUUAUUAAAACAUUAGAUUUAAUUUUUUUUUAAAACAAAUAUUUAGUAAAUAUUUUAGGCUCUAGUAUUUAUAAUAUGUGUGCAUGAAUUAUAACAUAUAAUUUUACAAAUUAUAAUUUAAAAUGAUUGUAUUAACAAUUUUAGGUUAAAAAUGAAACAAAAUCGGUAUCCUGUCUUGUUUUUAACUCAAGGGGUUACUGUUAGGUAUCCUCCAUAUGCUGAUCCUAGGUGUCAUACAAUACAAACAGCUGUGUAUCAUUCUUCUUGUCACGAUUUACUGGUAAUAAUUUAAAAAUAAUAUUAUCUCUUUAUACUCUGUCUUCAUUUGGUCUAUUUUUGUGCAAUAUUAUUUUAUUUUAAUCAAAAUUAUUAGCUUUAAACAAGUUUUUUGUUAAAUAUUUACAUAAUAUUGUAAUGUAACUUGAAUUACAAAAAAUGCUGUCAAUUUUCUUUAAUUAUUAUUAAUUUAUUUUUGUUUUAAAUUUUUACUUUAUGGAUAAAAUACAAUUUAUUAAAUGCAUUUAGUAAAAUAUGUACUAGGGCUAAUUUUAAGAUAAUAGAAAAUAUAUACAGGGUAUAUCUUAUGGGACAUUCUGUAUGUCUGGUUAAUAAAUAUUAAUAUUAUAUAAUUAUUUAGGGAGUAAAUGUACACUCUGAAGAUUUGUUACGGGAUCAAACACAAAUAAACAUAGUAAAAGAGGCCGGACUUACAUUGUUUUGUUGGGGAGAUGAUAAUAAUUGCAAAGAAGUAGUCAAUAAGUUAAAAUUACUAGGAGUAAAUGCUGUUAUAUACGAUAAGUAAUAAUUAAUUUAAAUUAUUUUAACCAAUUAAUUAAAUUAUAAGUGCAAAUUUAUAAAAUAGUAGUUUAUGUAAACAUGAAACAUAUUAAAAUUUUAGCAUAAAACCAUUCCAUUAUUCUAUUUUUUUUUUUUCAUAGUUAGUAUCAAAUAUCAAAAUAUAUUUUCCUUCUAGAUAAUGACUGUCCAAAAAGUUUUUACCUAGAAAAAAAUAUGAUAAUAACCGUCAUUGUAAAAAUAAGGUUUUCUGUUAAUGCUUAUAAUUAUGUUUUUUCAAUUGUGAAAUUAUUAAAUUAAUAUUCAAAUAAAUUUUAUUUUAGAGAAUAUUAAGAGGAAACAUUUGUUUUUCUUCUUUAUUUGGAAUCAGAUUAAAUAUUUGAAUAUUAAAAUAAUUUAAAAAAAAACAUUGAAACAGAAAUUGUGUUCUUCUCAAUUCAUUUGUUAUAGGUUAAUUUUUUUAAAUAUUAUAAUAAUAAUUUAUUUAAGAUUCUAUAAUUCAACUACAGUGUAUUUAGUUUACAUUUAUUUACAUAUAUUUGCAUGCAACUACAUAAAUUGGUUAACAUAUUAUACCAAAUUUUAGAAAAUAGGAUAGCAGUAAUAAUAAUUGUAUUUCAUAGAUUGGACAAAAGUGAAUUGUUGAAAAAAAAACUAUCUUGUGCCACUCAAAAGUCUGAAGUUUUUACUACAGAAAAUUUUUGCAAUCAAAAUGAAAUUUUACCAAAACACCAAUCACUCAAGGAAGAUACACAUUUACGUGAUAAGAAUGAUCGAGUUAGUUCCUUAAUAUUGAUUAUAUUUAUAAUUUACUGAACUUUAAUCCAACUGAUUUUUAAACCAAUAAACAAAUUUGAAAACUAAAUUACUGUAUUUAAAGACCAAAUUUUAUGCAUAAGCAUACACUUAUAUUUAAAAUACAGUGGUCAGGAUUCCUUUGUUAAAAUUAUAUUUUAAGCCCAAUACUGGUUUUACAUAAAUUGAUUUUGCAUUUUAACACACACAUGAAUGUUUUAGGAGGGUGGGGGGUUUAGUUAAAACACUAAACACCAAAUGCAAACCGGAAAUGAUCUAGUUAUCAGAAAAAUGAUAAGACUAAUCUUAGACUAUGACUAAUUUUAAUCAACACAAUUAAUCAAAAUACUGAAAUCAUGAGUUAUCAAAUUAUUACCAAAUUAUUAUUUACUAGGUUUACAUUAUUAUUAUUUUUUUUUUUUAAAUUUUAUUAUUGUUACUUUAUAUUAUUAAUAAUUAUUUAUUUUCCAGAAGCUAUAUGCUAAUAAUAUAAUAUUACAUUACGCAUAGUGCAAGACUAUGAUUCUUUUAUUUUAUAUUUCACUAACCUAAUGAUCUUUUUUAUUUUAUAACCCAAAAUAAAUUAAAUAGUGAUAGGUAUUCAUUUUAGUAUACUUUUAUCCUUUAAUGCACAUUUUAAUCCAAAAUGUGCAGUUUAGCACAGCUUUAUUGUAUUAUAUUGUUGCUUUGCUCUGUUAUUAUUGCAGAUACAUAUCUGGUUACCUAUACUUAGGCACAUAAAUAUGUUUUAUAGUGCCCUACUUAUAAUACAACCUGAUUCUGAGAACUCUGUUUUUAAUAAUUUUGAUUUCAAAGGCAUAAAAGUCUUAUAUUAAUAAACAGAAUUGUUUAUUGAAAAUAUUUUUUCACGUAAUUUUUUAAGUUUACCUACUUUCACCAAAUUGUAUUGUACAGUCAAUGAUUAUACAAAUACUGAAAAAUCGUAGCAUAAAAUAUAAUUAUCAUUACAGUAAUGAUCUAGGGAUUUUAGGUUUAAGUGUUGGUCAAUCUGAUCUGAUAAAUUUUUUUUGUUAUUAGUUUUAAGAAAACUGCUAUAAGCUGUUGAAGCUGUAUAAGCUGAUGAGAGUUGAACUAUGGUAAGAGCCAAUUUUUUUUAAGAAUGGUUGGUCACAUUAAAUGGGUGUACAUAAUAUGUAGUUUAAAAUGUUGGCAAUUCCAUUGUAGUGAACUUAUCAUUGUGAAUUAUAGUGAAUUAUCAUUUUUCUGACAACUGGAACCACAUAUAUCAAAUAACUAGAUAGAGGACUUUGGUAUUAUUAUUGGCACCAACAAAAUAGCUGUCAUCUUUAUCUAAGAGGAGAAUGUUUAUGUUUUAUAGUAUUGAUAACUAGCUGUAUCUAUAGUAAUUUUUGGAAUUGUUUCUCUGUAAAAGGUCUAUCUUGGAAUCAGUGCAUCAAAAUUAGCUAGGAUAUUUUUUAUGAGAAAAAAAUAAAUGGGCAUUAAAGGAUUAAACACAGUUACUAUAGGUUAUAAAAACUAUAAAUUUAUCCUCUCGGUGCGCCAGUAAUACCAGUAUCAGCUGUUUCAGAUUGUUCACCAGUCAUAUUAUGGGAGUUCAAUGUGCAAUCUGUAUAUCUUAAAUCGUAAUUGUAGGUAGCGAACCAGCAAUAAAAUAAUGACUAUUUUUUGUGUGCCAACCUAUAAAACUACAUUUCUAGUGUGCUAUAGUAUUUUACUACAUUAGGUGUAUUCAAGACAUGUUAAUCACUUCAAAUAAAGUAGCGUGCUAUUGUAGCAUUGCUACAAUUAGUAGGCUACUCCUGACCACUGUUAAAAUGUUGGCUCUUUGCUAUGUAUGUGCCAUUUGCUUAGAAUACAACCAGUUCCUUAAACUUUAAAAAAGUUUAAAAAAAUUCAUGUUUCUUUAUUUAUCAUUAUUUAUAGUUUUUAUAAAGCUAUAAAACUCAGUAAUAUAUAUAUAUAUAUUUUUUUUUUUGUAGAUUUCUAAUAAUACUAGUUAUUUGUUUGAAUUCAUUAUAUUAAAUUGUCAUUAAAUAUUAUCUAAGAAACAAUUGUCUAAAUAAUUAUUUGAAUUUAGAGUUUAAUUAACAAAUAAGAUGAACAAAUAUCAAUAGGUAUCUUAACUAGUAAUAUAUAAUUUUAUUAGUUGUAAUUUAAACAUAUUUUCUAUAUUUAUAGGUUGGAGAUAACAAUAGAUAUUUUAUGGAUGUUAGUAAGGCAAAUUUUCAAAAUCAAAGUUCUUCAACAGAAAAUGUAUGAAAUUAAAAUAAUGGUACACUAAAAUCUUCACCUAAAAAUAUUAAAGUAUAAACUAUUGAAAGUUUAUUUUAUUUUGUAUUUAUUUGUUUUAAAAUAGAUACAAUUGAAUGAUCAAACAUUGGGACCAGAUAUCAAACAAAUUAUUUUGGAAAAUGCUGAGUAAGUACAUAAAUGAUUUUAAAAUUUGUCCUAUGAUAAUGAGGAUGGGAGCAGUCAGUGUUAUAGAUGGGAAUUUCGAAAGGUAGGAUACAAAAGGGAAUUUAAUGUAUAUCUAUGAAACGAUAAACCAUUGCUAACUAAAAACCAUUCUGAGCAAAUUUAAGUUGAUAGUGAUGCUUUUUCAACAAUACAUAUGUCAUAUUAUGGUUAAAUAAUUAAAUAGGCUCAUUAUUUUCUAAAAAUCAGACAAACAUACUUGGCACCACAGAUGGGCCACUAUUGCAGGUGAGAAGUUGGGAAGGUAAGAUAUAGAAAGUAAUUUAAUUUAUACCCGAAUAGAAUAGUUAAUCAUUGCUAAUCACAACAUUAUUUUAAUCUUAAGAACUAGUUUUUCCUCAUUAUCUCAAAUAUUAUUAAUAAAAAUAAUAAAAUGACCUUUCUAAAGUAUUAUCUAGAGCUAAAAUUCAACAGAAAUGAUCUUUUGUCAUGUUUUGAUUGAGGCAAGAUUUCUAUGAGAAAUUUUGUGCUGUAUAAAAAAAAGAUAUAAACAUCAUUAUAAACCCAACACAUUCCUCACUUUGUUUAUAAUGUUCAUUGGAACAGAAUUCAUAUAAACAAACUGAUUUACAACCUGUACAAUUCAAAUUUUGAAUCGGUAACUCAAGUUAGUCUAAAUUAUUAAAUAAAUACAAAUAUUUUUUAGAUUCUAAAUAAUAAAGAAUGUAUUUAGUUUUACUGUAUGAGUGUGUAUUUUUUUUAUCUGAACAACUUUUGUUUUUACAUUUAUUUCUAUUAGAAAACUGGCUCCAAUAAAAAAUUGCCAAAAGACUUUUUUAGUUGUAUUAUUAAUCUAGUUGAAAUCGGUUUUUGAUUUAUUAAGGCAGCCUUCUUAAUAAUUGAGCAAUGAAUUGAAAGUUUACAAAAAUAAUUGUUUAAUUGUUUUCAGUUUUCUCAGAAAACUUAUAUUUGAUUUUUCUAGAUGUGGUAAAAUUUUCAAUGCAUUUCAGCGAUUUUUAUCUAUGUAUAGGCAUUUUGUAUUUGCUAGUUUUUAUGUACUUUUGGUAGGUUUUAUCAUUUGACCUAAUAGAAAUACAUGGAAAUUUAACACACGGUUUAUUCUGAGUUGUAUUUAGUUGUACUUAAAAAUGUGUGUAUCAAAUUUGUAUGAAAAUUGUAAAUAUUAUGGCCUAUAAUAUUAUAUAUUGCAUGUAUACUUCCUUCAGAAUAAUUUUUCCUUAGUAAUGGUUUAUUAUUAUCUAUAGAUAUAAAUAGAACCAUAUCAAUUGUAUUACUAGGCUGUGGAAGAUGAUAAUGAUAAUCUUUUCGUAAUUCUACCUAUCAUAAAGUUGUGUUAGGUCAACAGAUAGUGUACAAUUCCUGUUAUAUAGGAUGAUGAGUCCUAAAAAAAUCAUAGGCUAAUUGUACCAUCUAGGAUGUGCAUGGGGACAACAGGUAGGAGGAAUUGGAGUGAAGUGAUACUAGUUGGACAGUAAUUGUGGUAGCUGUUCCACCAGGCCUACCAAGUUUUGGCAGCAGAACAGAAAGAGAGAUGAUUCGGUAAAGUAUAAAAGACUGUGCAAGGAAGCUAAGAGAGUCGUAAUCAAAGUGAAGGUAAAGGAAUAUGAUUUCGAUUGGUUGAGGUUAGAGAAAACCAAUCCAAAGAUUUUCAUAAUAUAUGGUGCAUAAAAAGUGAAAACAAGAAGGUAUUAAUGAAUGAUGAGUAUAAAAAAGUGAGAUGGAGGGAGUAUUUUGAAAUAUAACUGAAAGAGAUAGUAUUCAAGAGAUAUGUUAGAGAGUUGUUCAUAGAAUGAAGAUCUGGUAGAUUUAGUGGGAAAGGAGGAAAUGUGGUGGGCUGUGAAAAUAAUGAAAACUAAAAAAAACAUGUGCAGAUAGUGUACCAUUGAAAGUGUGAAAAAUGUUAUGGGAGCUAAGCAAAUGCUGGUUAAAAAUUUUUUUUAAUAAUGUGUUUGGAGAAAGGAAAAUGCCAGAUGUAUGGAGGAAGAAUUUAAAAUACCUAUUUUUAAAGGGAAGGGAAAUGUACUAAAGUGUGAAAAUUAUAGAGGAAUAGAAUUGAUGAGUCACAUAAGAUAGAAGGUAUGGGAAAUUAUAUAGUUUUGAUAGUAGAAAAUCUGGAAGAAGUUAACAAUAGGUUUAAGGAAUAGAUAAUAGGACUUGAAUAAAAGGGAAAGUUUUGUAGAAGUAAAACAAAGUUUAUAAAGUAUGAGUUUGUAAGGUCAGAAAAAGAACUGACUAAGAGAAUGUGUGUAGCAGAUAUGAAAAUACUUAGGUAGAUGAGAGGGUGAUGAGAGAAAGUAGGAUAAGGAAUGAGUACAUAAGAAGUAACUUAGAUGUGUGGCUAUGGUAGUGAACAAAAUUAGAGAAAAUAGAAAAAUAAAAUAGUUUGGGCAUUUUAUGAGGAGAGACAAAUCAGAAGCAGUAAAAAUUGUAAUGAAAAUAGAAAUAUGAGGAAAGAGAGGAAGGGGCAGACAAGAAAGGUGGUUGGAUGAGAUUGAGAAUGAUAUGCAUAAGAUGGCUAGUAUAUUUGGUAAUUAUAAUAUUUUUUUAAAAUUAUAUCCAAAAUCUAUCCUAUGUAUGUGAUUACUCAAAAGUAUUUUGCAUAAAACCUUAUAUAAAUUAAUUUAAUUUAUGCUUAUUCGAUUUUGAAAUAAAAAUCUGCAACAAAAAUUGCCUUUAUAGUAAUAUAUAAAUUUAGACAAAUGUUAUAUAGUUCAGUUAUUACCAACUUGAAAUCCUUAAAUAGUAAUGAUAAAAUAAUAAUAAAUUUAGAUAAACUAUUAAUUAUUAUUUUUAUUUUUUCUGUUUUAGGUCCAAUGUUUAACAGUUGUUUUUAUUAAAAAUAAAAUAUAUUACUGACUUCCAGACUAUAUCAAAUAAUCAAAAUAUAAAAUGCUUUUAUGUAUAUCAAAUAUGCUACAAAGUAGUGGUGGGAGUAAUGUAAACAUAUUGUUAUAUUAUUUUAUCCUACCAUUGUAAAAUAAUAAAUAAUCAUGAGACUCUCAAUUUUAAUUUUUUAAGGGUAUUUGCAAUGUUAUAUUAGUUAGGUUAAGUGUCAGAUUUGUGUUAAUGAUAAUUUUAGUUAUGGUAUUAUAUUACAGUAAAACUUCCAUUAACAGUUGCCUCUAAAAGACUGUAACUUCUAUGUAACAGUCAUUUUUUGGUCUUGUCAAGUGUUAUGCUUUUAUAAGACACUUCUAAAGGACAGUCACCUCUAAAUAGCAGUCACUAUGUCCUGUUAUUUUGGUGACUUUUGUAUGGAUGUUUUAUUGUAUAUUAUAUAUUCAUUUUUGUUUUAACUGUAAUUUAUAAGUAACAGCAUUUUGUUAAACUUUUUAAAAGCCGUUAUAGGUAAUAUUUAUUUUAUCAAUAUAUGUUCCAUAUAGUUCCAAUAUUAUUAAAAUAUUGUUUUUAUUAAAAAAAAAAAAAUGUCUCAAUAAUCUACAGAGUAGUAAUUUCUUAUUAUGCUCAAUAAUAAUCUUAUAAAUAUAUUUAUGUUCAUUAUGAUAAUAUUUGUCAUUAUAAUUUUUUUUACUUGUUCUUGUAUAUGGAUAUUUAUAUAACAUGUAGUUAGAUUUGUUCUUUUAAGUUAUUGACAAUAUAGAUUAACCAACUAAAAAUGCAUUGUAAAUUGAGUUACAUACAUUUUUGCAAACUACAUUGAUUUUUAUGUUUGUUUUAUAGGGUUGCUUAGGAUUAGUUGUUUUCUGUGGGGGAUUUCAAAUUUAAUGUUUUUCAAUUUAAACCACUUGGAAAAUCAAAAAAUGACCUUAACAUUAAAAUAUUUAUAAUCAUUAUAAUAAAUUAAUAAACCAAUAUAAUCAACUACCAGU